AUGGAUUUACAAGUUCAUCCAACUCUUUUAUUUAUAUUUAUUCAAAAACACUAUUUAUGUAAAAUUUAUAAAUAUCUAACCAUAAUAUUUUAAGUUAUAAAUUAUGGGGAAAUUUUUUAUGGAAUAAAAUUUGAUUAAUUCUUUAAUAAAUUAUUUUAUUUUUUUUAAGCUUUAAAAAUAAAAAAUAUAGGUGGAGUUGCUUAAUAACAGCAUCAAUAUUCAAAUGUUUUAACUGCCAAUUUUCAAAUAUCUUAGCAUCAAAAAGCUCUAUUUUUGAAAUUAACAGUGAAUAUAGCCAUCUUAGAUUAAAAAUAUCAUUAGUUUAAUUGA